UUGAUGAUUAACCUGAUGAUUAACAUACUAUAUCAAACGACGCGGUAACGUUGCGUUUUAAUAAUUUCGAUUAUUUACCGCGCAUCAGCGAGUAAAAAAUAUACAGCGCUGCUUGAAACAAAAACCGAUCUAAUGAAGUGCCAUGUUGCUGCCGUUGACAAAAGCUGAACAUUUUUAGAAGUUCUUGGUCUUUCGUAGAUAGCAGGUUUAUUUUUAUGUGAAAAAAUGCCACGGUGCCUAAUAAAGUCAAUGGCCCGAUAUCAGCGAACUAGCAGUCCGAGCGAAGAGACCGAAUACUCGUGGCUGCCGCCAUCAACGGAGCUUAAGCGUAAGACUCGCACAAAAGAUGCAAUAUCGAAGACGAACAAUAUAUGGACAUAUUCAGGACUUCCUAUUGUUACCCGGUACAGCUUUCAUAAGAUUAAUAAUGCGAUGCUCGACACAGACUUAAAUACGGCAAGCAGAAGUUUCGCGAAUUUUCAUCAGGAUACUGCAAUUGAUGGAAAUAAGUUUCCUAAAAAAAUACCUGCAACACUGGUCGAUGAUGCAUCUCAAUCUUCGCCAAAUGCAAAAGAGGCAGCAACAGCAGAUCCGACAAUUAGUCCAGAAAAUAUCGCUGGGACAAUAAAUCAAAAGGUCGUAAUCAACAGCUGCGAGACGGAGAAGCUGUCGCAGGCGCAGGCUUUGUAUUUGGUCCCGAAGCAAAAGCAUGAGCCGAUCAACGCUUCCGAGAAGAAGCCGACUGGGAAAGAUAAUGUUCAACCCUGGAAGAGGAAUAAGACGAUGCAUUACUGUCCUUAUUGUCAUAAGAGUUUUGAUCGACCAUGGGUGCUGAAGGGCCAUUUGCGCCUUCACACAGGCGAGAGACCCUUCGAGUGCCCAGUUUGUCACAAAUCUUUUGCCGAUCGUUCGAAUUUGCGCGCUCACCAGAGAACACGUAAUCAUCAUCAGUGGCAAUGGCGUUGCGGUGUGUGCUUUAAGGCUUUUUCGCAAAGACGCUACUUGGAACGCCAUUGUCCAGAAGCUUGUCGUAAAUAUCGUAUGUCUCAGAAAAAGGAACCCACUUGUCCGUAAAUGGAUAUGAAAAAAAUACUACAAGCAAUUUCAAUACAGCUGUUCUCAACAAUAUCUAUUACACAUAAAAAUUUUGCGUUCUAUUACAAUAUUAUAACUGUGUUCUAAUUUGACGAUAAAAACUAUGCUAACUCUUCAAUAAAAUGUUUCGAAUAAAAUCAAGUUUUAAUAAUACUUUUGCUCCAAAUUAAUUACAUUUAGAAAGCAAGAUUUG